AUGAAUCGACCUGGGCACCUUUUGGAAGAUAAGGCUCUAGCCGAAUUUCUUGGUGUCGAGGACGUGGACUUUGACAGUGGUAGUGAUACCGAAGUCGAGGAGGAAGAGUAA